CGGAUGACGUAGACCAUGGCCUGCCUGCGCACUACGACUCCCUGCGUGCCUUGCGGCCUGGAGUCGCAGAAGCCCGGAUCCGGAACCGGAUGUGGCUUACUGCUCGGGUGGCUGAGUGGGGAAAUGGCCACAGGGACAGACCAGGUGGUGGGACUCGGCCUCCUGGCCGUUAGCCUGAUCAUCUUCACCUACUACACCGUCUGGGUGAUUCUCUUGCCGUUCAUCGACAGCGAGCAUAUCAUCCACAAGUACUUCCUGCCCCGAGCCUACGCCGUCGCCAUCCCCCUAGCUGUGGGCCUGCUGCUGCUUCUGUUUGUGGGUAGGUCACCAUGGUCCCCCAGGCUGCCUCAGCGUGGUUCCACACCAGGAUGCCAGUUGCUGGGCAUCUGCUUGAGACCCCUUGCCUCCAGCUGUCCCUGGGGUUUCCCUGUUCAUGCAGUGCUGCAGGUCUGCAGCCUCUGGUCUCUAAUGCCCCAGGCUCCGGGACUCUAACGGCAAGUGCCCGCUCUUCCUGCCCCCCAGCCCAUCAUCACUACUCACACCUCUGUCGCCUCACACCCUCUCAUCACCCCUACUUAGCUCCUGCGCCUCUUCAUGUCUUGUGGGUUCCCAGGGAUGGGAGCUGUGUCUUCAUCGUGACUACGUCCUCAGCACCAGCCCAGGCUGCAACACUUGAGUUGGUGCUUGGGGAAUCGACAAUCAGAUGACCGGAUGAUGAUGGGUGGUGGGCAGGUUAGGUAGGGGGACAGGUGUCUUGAGUCGAGGGACGGACAGGUGGCUCUUGUUCCCCAUGGAAUCUGAAACACCUAAGUGCAGCACAUUGCCUAUGGUAGGUUCUCACUUGGGGAUUAUUGAAUGAAUGUGAGUGGGUAUCUGCUUGAUGAAUGGGGGAGAUGAGCGGCUGCCCUGGAGGCUUCUGGGUAGGUGCAUGGCCCUGCCUGUGGGUUAUUUUGCCCUGCUUUGGCCUCCCGGCAGGCCUGAGCACAGAUUCUCCUUGGCUGCUCUGCUCUGUGUA